GUUACUCUGGCACCGUGCGUUGAGCCCGAUGCACAUCGGCCCGGCACGCGUUGUCACGCUCGAUUAGCGCGCGAGUAGUCGGAUCACGCACAUCACUACUCAAUUUCAAAUUUCGAACUCAUUCGAAUUUCAAGACGUUCCGAUUGUGGUGUUGUGAAAAUUAUGUGUUAAUUUUUUUAUUGUUUUCUGAUUUGUGUUACGCGGAUUUUUAGAAUUAGGUGACUUUUGAAUGUUUAUGCGUUUCGGAAUGAGAAAAAAAUGAUGAAAUAUCGACAAAUGCUGAACUUUGAUGCGAGUCCGAAAAUGAAAAUUUCUGCAGCAGACAGCCAGGGUUCUGGCAGCCCGCCUCCGAGUCCCACCGACUCUGUGGCAUCAGAAUCAGCGCCUACCCUCGUCCACAUCAAGCAGGAAAACAUGCCUCCCGGUACAGACAUUAAAGACUAUUAUGGCUCGAUCGACUUCGGCCUGCCCGAUACAUACAUACCACCCACCUACCCUGAAUACGGCCCAGGCUUCGGAAGACCACUGGACCUACAGAACCAAAGAUAUCUCGACCCAGAAAAGAGCCCAAAAGACAAAGAAGAUUCCAAAGAUGAUGAUCAUACAGAAAAUCCAAAUCUGAAUCUACCUAACGAAUUAGUUCUGAAAGGGAACGGUGUGUACGCAAGAGCGACUGUAUCGGCAGGUACGAAAUACGGGCCCUUCAUCGGAAAGUGGGGAACACAGCCGCUGGAUCCAAAAUACGCUUGGGAGGUCCUCGGCAAGAACGGGAUCCGGGGCUGGCUGGACGGCACCGCCGAGAAGACCAACUGGCUGAAGCUGGUCCGCUCCACCAACUACCCUCAUGACGUUAACGUGCAGCACCAGUUGCAUGCUGGACAAGUGUGGUACAAAGUAGUUCGCGAGGUCCAGUCGGGCCAAGAACUCCUGCUGGGUCCUAGGACACCACUGCCGCUGCAAGAUGUCCUGCCUACAGCAACAGGUUAG